CACAGACUGCACAUUGAAAUAAGUGAUCCAGCACUGGCUCACCGAUUACCUCUCCACUUCCCACAUGCCUUCGGUUUUUUAAAACAGAGGGCAUGCCCUCUCCUCCACCCGCCUCCUGAGCAGCGAACCGGGCGCCGUCGCAGGCCAGAGGCAGCGGGCCCGGCGCAGCGCAGCGAUCGGCAGUCAACACCACCGAAGAAAACACAGCAAGAAAGAGCCGAGAGCGUCCCCAAGCGCAGGAGCUGGCAGCUCUCCCGAGGCCAAAGGUGCGGGCGGGGACGGAGCGCCGCUGCCGACGUUAAGACGAGGCCGAACGCACCCUCCCGCGCGCGCCCCCCUCACAGGCCCCCUCAGCCCCACCGAGCGCCCGGCACGGGCCCGCCAAGCCCAACGCCCGGGGCUGCACCUGACACAAAACCUCCCGCAGAAACAAAACACACCCGUCUCUCUUCACCCGCCCAGCGCGGAGCCCAGGCAGAGCCGAAGGAGCCCUCACCAGCCGCCGCCACAGGCACCCCCCACACCCCCUCACACCGACCACGCGCCCGCCGCGGCACUCGCGGGCUGCCCCGCGCGGCCGGCACGCAUGCGGCCCACGCGCUGCCCCUUCACCCGCGGGCCGGCCGCGCACGCGCAGAGGCGCCCCCGUCCCAUUGGCCGGCCGCUCACCGCAGGGUUGGUGCGGCGCCGCCCGCCGCCGCGCAUGCGCUCUCGGUGCCCCCCGGCGCGGCGCCAGAGGAGCAGGCGCAGUCCCGGUACCGGCAAGGUGGCCGGUGCUGCGCAGGCGUAUUUGAGAUCAUUUCGGGAACGUUCUGUCUCGCAACAACCUUCCUCUGCAAGGGAAAUCCUGUCAGGUGCCCACUUUCACCGCUGUCUCCUGCUCUGCCUGCUCCUGUUUUCAGCAUGGUAAAGAAGAAUACUAUCCCUGAUGGAUGGCGGAGUUUGACACCAGUUGGGCAGCCUAUACCAGGAACCAGAUUUAUUGCAUUCAAAGUACCUUUAAAAGGGGCAAUUAACCAGAGGCUUACGCCAACCCAGAAGUUUACACCAAAAGACUUAAUUGCUGCAAUGAAAGCCCUAAAUGUGGAGCUUGGAUUAGUUAUCGAUUUAACAUACACCACACGAUACUAUGAAGUUAAGGAUUUACCAAAAAGUGUGCAGUAUAAGAAACUUUAUACUGUUGGUCUUGAAGUUCCCGAUAAUGCUACUAUCCUACAGUUCAAAAAAUGGGUCAGAAAAUUCCUGUGGGAGAAUGCAGGAAAUGAGAAACUCAUUGGCGUUCACUGUACUAAUGGAAUUAAUAGAACUGGCUACCUAAUAUGCAGAUAUCUUAUAGAUGUUGAAGGCUGGGAUCCAGAGGCAGCAAUUCAAGCUUUUGGUGAUGCUAGAGGUCAUCGCAUGGAUGGUCUUGUCUAUCUCACAGAUCUCAGAACACAACCAAUGAGAAGUAACCUUGGAAUGGAUGUAUGGGAUUCAGAUGAAGAUACUGUUCCGCCACCACAUGCAGUGGAAGGACCUGUAGAGCGGUUCCCAAAUGAAGAUUUUCAGGGGUCUGGGAAAAGAUUAAGAAUUUAUGAUGACCACUCUCACAGUGAUUUGCAAGGACAGAUACAAUUGAGAGAUUUUGAUUUCAUUAAUAAGGGACCUGGACAAAGACGAAGACAAUUUCAUGACCAUCAGACUCAGGAUGAUUUAAGAGCACCAGUGCAGAUGAGAAAUUGGGACUACAAUAGGGGACCAGGACAGAGGCGAAGACCCUUUCCUGAUCACGAGUUUUAUGAUGAUUAUCAAGAAGACAUGCAGCUGAAGGACCUAGACUUCAGUAACAAGGGACCUGGGCAAAGGUUGAGACCUUUUCAUGGACACCAGUUUCAUGAUGAUUUACAGGCAGAGAGACAACCAAGGGACAUUGAAUUUAACAGAGGCCGUGGACAAAGGCAGAGAUCUUUUCCUGACCAUCCGUCUCAUAAUGAUUUGCAGGAAGGCAGACAGUCAAAGGAUUUUGAUUUUGGUAGCAGGGGCCGUGGCCAGAGCCGAAGACCAUUCCAUGACCACCAAUCUCGUGAAGAAUUUCAGACUCAGAUGCAGUUCAAAGAGUUAGAUUGUGUCAGCAAAGGUCCUGGCCAAAGACUAAGAUCUUUCCAUGACUAUCAGUCACGUGAUGACUUACAGCCACAGAGGCAAAUGGGAGAUUUUGAAUUUGUUAAUAGGGGCCGUGGGCAGAGGUUGAGACCUUUCAAUGAUCACCAGCCUCGCAAUGACUUGCAAACAGAGAUGCAACUAAAAGACUAUGAUAAUAAAGGUCCUGGACAAAGACGCAGACCUUUUCAUGACCAUCAGUCUUAUGAUGACUUACAGGAACAGACUCAGUUAAAAGAUUUUGAUUAUGUUAAUAAAGGGCAUGGACAAAGGCCAAGGCCUUUUCAUGAUCAUCCAGGUCAUGAUGACUUGCCACGUCAAUGGUGUGCAGACAGAAAUCAAUCUUUUUCAUCUCAUGAAAAUGUACCAGAAUCUCAUUUCUCCUCAUCUCCUUCACUUCACAGAGAUUACGGGUCUGAUAAUGAUGAAUUUAACAGAAUUUAUAGCAAUCGAUCAAAUUGUCCUGAAGACAACAGGAGAAUGCAUCCCUCAAAUGAAUUUAACAGAGGAAAAAACAGAUUCGCACCAUAUUCUUCACGAACAAUGCAUCCAUCUUCAUCUGUACACCAAGAAGAUAGUUCAGUAGACUAUGAAAGAAAACCUUUUCAAGGUGAAACUACCAGAGAGAUGGAACAAAGCAAAAGAUUACCAGUUGUCACAGUUGAUUACAAUUAUGGCCUGCCAUUAGAUUAUGGACCUGAAGAGGAAGAGACAACACAUUACGAUUUACUUCCAAGAGACCGCUACAACUGGAACUGAAUUAAAAGGAUGUUUGCUCAGCUUAAGACUUACUUUUGCCCACUUUACUUUGUUUGUGGACCAAUUUUUUUUUUUUUUAACAAAGCAGGAAAAUAAAAAUUUCAGUAGUAGAGAACUGGUCUCUGUCAUAAGAUUAGCUUCUACUGAUGUUUGGUUCUUUAAAUUUAUUAGGGUGUAUUUGUUAAGUGUAGUUGGAGACAAGGUCUCAGUACACAUGGAAUUAAAGUAGUCCUUCCUUUUAGUGAAAUUGGAACCCUGUACCUUAAAACAACUGAGUGACUGUAGUUGUGUUUUUUGUUUUUCAUUUCUUUUAAAUGUAUGUAAUUUCUGGAUGCAAAAGUCAAAAUAAAAUAUUGCACUAUCAGGCAGACUAGCAUUGAGAUUAUAGAAAAAUAUACUAUGAAAUGAAUGAAGAAAA